GAUCUGGCUGGGAGGCAAAGGACUGGCUCAGGGGGUAGGGGAUCACCAUGACUGGGAUGGCCUGGCUGGGGGCUCCCUCUGUGCUGACCAUCCCCCUCUCCCCCCCAGCCCCAUGGAGCGCCGCCGCCAGCUGAUUUCCAACACCCUGAAGGCCAAGAAGCGGCGCCUGCAGCCGGGACCUGAACCUGGGGAUGUGGGAGAGCCGGACAGACAGGAGGGUCCUGGGGCGGUGGAGUCGGCUAUCCGGUAUCUCGCCUCCCUCUUCCCUCGCCAGCUGUUUGAGGAUGCGCUGCCCCCCCUCGUCCUGAAGCACCAGCUCUACAGUCUGGUGAGGGACCGCACAGCUGUGGACAGGCAGCUGAGCCGGCUGAAGGACGAGGGGCUGAUCCGGCUCUUCCAGCUUGGAUUCGACUCAGACGUCUUUGGGGUGGCGUUCACCCAGGACUACACAGCCAAGGUGCUGCAGGCCGUGGCGGGGAAGGAGUACGCCGGGAUGGUGCGCAGGUUCCUGGAGACAGCGUUUGCCUCCUGUCCUGAACUCAGCUAUGACAACGGCCGCAUGCUGAAGGACUUCGGCUUCCGGGACCCGGACAUCACGCAGCUGGUAAAUGCCGGAGUCCUGACCGUCCGUGAUGCUGGCAGCUGGUGGCUGGCCGUGCCUGCAGCCGGGCGUUUCGUUAAAUGCUUCAUCAAAGGGCGCAAGGCCGUGCUGGGGAUGAUCCAGAAGGCCAAGUACAAGGAGAUUUUGCUGUCGGAUCUUCAGAGCCGCCGGGCUCCCAGCGCUGUGAAACUGGGGCUCCCCUACCACAUCCAUGACCUCAUCGGGGCCCAGCUGGUCGACUGCAUCCCCAGCACUUCUGGGACCCUGCUGCGAUUGGCCAACUCCUGACCCCGUGACCCGAGGAGCCACCCGGGAUCUGUGCCAAGCACUGACUGAGGCUGGGGGCGGAGGGGGCUCACCGUGGCUCCCUGCCUUGGGGACUGGGGUUUCCCAUCAUGCAGUGGGGCUCAGCCCCUGGGGAGUGACGGGGGAUCUAGGGGGUUUAAUUUAUUUUGUGGAUCAAUGUUUGCACAUGGGAGGGCUUGGGGGGUGACCUGGUGGGGAGAUGGCGAGAUUUGAGCUGCGGCUCAGUGGCAGGGCCGUGGAGGGCAAUAAAUGGGGGUUUCUCUGC